AGAAAGGGAACGGGAAAGGGGCAAGAAAGAGGACCAGAGAAGGGGAAGAGACUGCAGUCUGGGUACGCUUUGGGGAGCCUGGACCCUAAGUAACAGGACUCGGCAUUGGUGGAGAGAAAAGUCUAGAUUGGCAGACGCUGCCAACCACUCAGGGAGCGCAUUCUUUUAUCUGGAGAGAGAGGAGAGGGAGAAGGCAGAGUUCAUGCCGAAGUGGAUGGAAGGGGAUCCGGGAUUCCGCGGCACAGGGAGUCGCGAGUCCGGACUAUGGCACUGAGACCGCGCGGAGCAGCUGCGCGCCCGAGGACGCGUCUCCUCGCGGGGGACCAGCGGGCGUCAGGAAAGACUGCGCACAGAGAAACCAACUUGUGGCUCCAGACCAUCCUCAACGCAGCUGGAAAUGAGAUCAAAGCUGCAGUUUCAUUCCAGAAGGAUGAGAGGAGCCAGUGAUUAGGGAUUUUUUUUUAACCCUCUUCGUUCCCGUUUCGUCGUUUUCUCUUACCUCCCCCUUUUUUCUUUUGCUUUUAAAUAUAUGUUUGUUUGUUUGUUUUCUUUUUUAAAUUUACCUAACACUACGUCAGUCCCGUCACAUUGCUUUUCCCGUACGAAAUAAAAGCCCAGUCUGAACUUCGAGCGCCCGGGAGACUCGAGAUCUGCGACCAGCUGAUGGAGAAGGGGACACCCGUGCUGGCCGCUGGCGAGGGACCGCAUCACGCGUCUCUCUGGUGAUUCCUGCCCUGAUCGCCGAGUUCAGCAAUACCUGGAGGACCUGGACCCUGUACUGCGGGUGGGGGAGGGGACUCAGUGAAAGCCACCCUGAGCCUUAAGAAAAAGUAGCUGACCGGGGGCGGAACGGGGUUUGUUCUUGACAGCUGACGGAGCCUUGAAAUUUUCCUCCUCUACCUCCGCCCCCUCCCUCGCCCCCGCCCCCCGCACUCCAUUUAACGUGAGAUUAUGAAAUCGCAGAGGCGGUGGAGGGAAGGCGACAGGAUCUAACAGGGAGUUUGGAGGGGCGAGGGGGAAGGUGGCUGGCUGGGUGGCUGAAAUCAAAAAUCCAAUUGCGCACUGGGUUGUGAUGAGAAAUCUAAUCAGAUCUUCGACGAAAGGGCCGGCCAGAAGGGUAGCCGGUGGGGGCAGUUGAUUCCCAAAUUAUCCGAAGGGAGAGCUGGGGACUGGAAUCAAGGAUGUAAAGAAAGACUUUUUUGUUCCUUUUUUUUCUUUCUUUUCUUUUUUUCUUUUUCUUUUUUACCUCCCCGGAUGAGGUGGCUGUUGGGUGCCUUGCUAAAAUGAAGAAUGCGGGACGCAGCUCUCUCUUGGAGCAGAACGCAGAGGAUAAACUGAUUGUGCCAGAAAGAAGAAAGAAUGAAGCUAUUUCUUGUGAGACCUGGAUUGUAACAUAAAUGUGUAUAUGGCCACACGGGGAGCAUUGAGGGAAAAAAAUGAAAUAAGCUGAUGUCAGACCUGCGGGGUUUAUUGUGUUCUGACAUAAAUAAAUAAUCAUAAAAUAGCUGUCCCCCUCCCCCAAGGAUGUUUGGAAAUGGAGAACUGAGGAUACACAAAGAAAAAGUGUGUUCAUUUUUUUUUUUUCUUUAAAGGAGAAAGUAUGCCAAGGAGAUAUUUUUGAAAUGAAAAGUUUGGGGCAUUUUUAGGAAAGUAAAGACCUGAUAUAUAUAUACAUAUUUUUUUCUCUUUGAAUUUCCCACAAGAAAGAGAGGAAAUUAAUAAUAGAUCUGCAAAGAAAUUUCACUGAAGAAAAGUUGACCGUGGAGGAACGAAGCAUUGAUUGGGAAAGAAAUCAGCAGAGGACUUUUGGAUUGGUGCCCAUGUUGACUAAAAUUGAAGGAUAAUUGCAGUUGGAUCUGUUUUUCUUCACCAACCUCCUUUUCGUUUUCUUUUUCUUUUCCUUUUUGGUGUCAAGACCGUGCAUUCUUUCUUGUUCUUAACCACCUGGAUUUCCCUCGGGAUGUAGCUGUGCUGAGUCUGAAAUACAGUUGGCAAACACGUUGCCUAUUUACUGUGUAGAGACCCCAAUGGAGAACAAGACUGUUUGAACUCCAGAAGGCCCAACACCAGAUAAAUUAUGAAUGUUGAACAAGAUGACCUUACAUCCACAGCAGAUAAUGAUAGGUCCUAGGUUUAACAGGGCCCUAUUUGACCCCCUGCUUGUGGUGCUGUUGGCUCUUCAACUUCUUGUGGUGGCUGGUCUGGUCCGAGCUCAAACCUGCCCUUCCGUGUGCUCCUGCAGCAACCAGUUCAGCAAGGUGAUUUGUGUUCGCAAGAACCUUCGUGAGGUUCCUGAUGGCAUCUCCACCAACACAAGGCUGCUGAACCUCCAUGAGAACCAAAUCCAGAUCAUCAAAGUGAACAGCUUCAAGCACUUAAGGCACCUGGAAAUCCUCCAGUUGAGCAGGAAUCAUAUUCGAACCAUUGAAAUUGGGGCCUUCAAUGGUUUGGCGAACCUCAACACUCUGGAACUCUUUGACAAUCGUCUCACUACCAUCCCGAAUGGAGCUUUUGUGUAUCUGUCUAAACUGAAGGAGCUCUGGUUGCGCAACAACCCCAUUGAAAGCAUCCCUUCCUAUGCUUUUAACAGAAUCCCUUCUUUGCGCCGCCUAGACUUGGGGGAAUUAAAAAGGCUUUCUUACAUCUCAGAAGGUGCCUUUGAAGGUCUGUCCAACUUGAGGUAUUUGAACCUUGCCAUGUGCAACCUCCGUGAAAUCCCUAACCUUACACCGCUCAUCAAACUAGACGAACUAGAUCUUUCUGGGAACCAUUUGUCUGCAAUCAGACCUGGCUCUUUUCAGGGGUUGAUGCACCUUCAAAAACUGUGGAUGAUACAGUCUCAGAUUCAAGUGAUUGAACGCAAUGCCUUUGAUAACCUCCAGUCAUUAGUGGAGAUCAACCUGGCACACAACAAUCUAACAUUAUUGCCUCAUGACCUCUUCACGCCCUUGCAUCAUCUAGAGAGGAUACACCUUCAUCACAACCCAUGGAAUUGUAACUGUGAUAUCCUGUGGCUUAGCUGGUGGAUACGAGACAUGGCUCCCUCGAACACAGCUUGUUGUGCCAGGUGUAACACUCCCCCAAAUCUGAAAGGGAGAUAUAUCGGAGAGCUGGACCAGAAUUAUUUCACAUGCUAUGCUCCGGUGAUUGUGGAACCCCCCGCAGACCUCAAUGUCACUGAAGGCAUGGCAGCUGAGCUAAAAUGUCGAGCGUCUACAUCCCUGACUUCCGUGUCUUGGAUUACUCCAAAUGGAACAGUCAUGACCCACGGGGCAUACAAAGUGCGGAUAGCUGUGCUUAGUGAUGGCACGUUAAAUUUCACAAAUGUAACUGUGCAAGACACAGGCAUGUACACAUGUAUGGUGAGUAAUUCUGUUGGCAACACUACUGCUUCUGCCACCUUGAAUGUUACUGCGGCAACCACUACUCCUUUCUCUUACUUUUCAACUGUAACAGUAGAGACUAUGGAACCUUCUCAGGAUGAGGCACGAACCACAGAUAACAAUGUGGGUCCAACUCCAGUGAUCGAUUGGGAGACUACUAACGCAACCACAUCUCUUACGCCACAGAGCACAAGGUCAACAGAGAAAACAUUCACCAUCCCAGUGACUGACAUCAACAGUGGAAUCCCAGGAAUUGAUGAGGUCAUGAAAACAACCAAAAUCAUUAUUGGUUGUUUUGUGGCCAUCACACUCAUGGCUGCUGUGAUGCUGGUCAUUUUUUACAAGAUGAGGAAACAGCACCAUCGGCAAAACCACCAUGCUCCAACAAGGACUGUUGAAAUCAUUAACGUGGAUGAUGAGCUCACUGGGGAUACACCUAUGGAAAGUCACCUGCCCAUGCCUGCAAUUGAGCAUGAGCAUCUAAACCACUAUAACUCUUACAAAUCUCCCUUCAACCACACAACAACAGUAAACACAAUAAAUUCAAUACACAGUUCAGUGCAUGAACCGUUAUUGAUCCGAAUGAACUCUAAAGACAAUGUACAAGAGACUCAAAUAUAAAACAUUUACAGUUACAGAAAACAAACAAUCAAAAAAGACAAUUUAUUAAAAAAAAUGACACAAAUGACUGGGCUAAAUCAACUGUUUCAAAAAAGUGUCUUUACAAAAAAACAAAAAAGAAAAGAAAUUUAUUUAUUAAAAAUUCUAUUGUGAUCUAAAGCAGACAAAAUUAUGUGUAUUCCUCAGAACCUGUUUUUGCUGCACUUACUAUUUUCCCACACCUCCUCCCUCCCUUCCCUGAUUGCCAUAUUUUUCAUAGAUCUCAAUUCUCUAAAGAACUGGUCUAGGAAAUUUUGUAAGAAUUCUGUUACACUUUGAGAUUUUUAUGGUGAAUUCUAGUGGUGAGAUCCAGUCUAUUUUGUCUCUUUUUCGCUCUAUUUUUUUUUUCAUUUUUUCCUUUUUCCUUCAUGCCCUUCUGAAGUAGUCCAAUGGGGAAUGCAAUAUUAGAAAUAGAUUUUUAAGAGAGAAUGAGGAAAAUGCAAGAUCUUAUAUUUUUCAUGCAUUGAUCUAUUCUGUAUUUAUGAGGAGGACAUUCUGUGGAGAAAGAAAAAAAGUAAGCAAACAACAGAUUAAUUUACAUAUGAACAUCUAUAAAACCCAUGACUUAAAAAAAAAAAAACUCUAGAACCAGAAUUUGUAGUUCAAAACUUAAAAUAAGAUUAUAAAUAAAAUAUUGUUGGUUUUUCU